UGUGCUUCUGGAGAGUAUCUAGAGAUGAAGAACCAGGUAUGCAGUAAGUGUGGUGAAGGCACCUACUCCUUGGGCAGUGGCAUCAAAUUUGAUGAAUGGGAUGAAUUGCCAGCAGGAUUUUCCAACGUUGCAACUUUCAUGGACACUGUGCUUGGCCCUUCUGACACCAGGCCUGAUGGCUGUAACAACUCUUCUUGGGUCCCUCGUGGAAAUUACAUAGAGUCAAAUCGUGAUGACUGCACCGUGUCUUUGAUCUAUGCUGUGCACCUUAAGAAGUCGGGUAAUGUCUUCUUUGAGUACCAGUACGUCGACAACAACAUCUUCUUUGAGUUCUUUAUUCAGAACGAUCAGUGCCAGGAGAUGGACACCACGGCGGACAAGUGGGUCAAGCUCACGGACAGUGGGGAGUGGGGCUCGCAUUCUGUAAUGCUAAAGUCUGGCCCAAACAUACUGUACUGGAGAACUACAGGCAUCCUUAUGGGUUCUAAGGCAGUCAAGCCAGUUUUGGUAAAAAAUAUCACAAUUGAAGAAGAAGGAUCUGGCGAGUGUAUGGAGCGCCCUCCCUGUACCACAAAAGACUAUUUUCAGAUCCACACUCCAUGUGAUGAAGAUGGAAAGAUUGUAUUUAGAAUGCACUAUAAUAUUGUAAUUUUAAUGUCAAAUAGACCACCAACAUCUAUGACUGGAGCCAUGGGUUCUGAAUUGGGAAGAAUAACAUUUGUCUUUGAGACCCUCUGUUCUGCUGACUGUGUUCUGUACUUCAUGGUGAAUAGACGGUUCAUCAAUGACAUGGUGAAGAUUUAUUCUAUCACUGCCACUAAUGCAGUUGAUGGGGUGGCAUCCUCAUGCCGUGCCUGUGCCCUCGGUUCUGAACAGUCGGGCUCAUCGUGUGUCCCCUGCCCCCCAGGCGACUACAUUGAGAAAGAAACCAACCAGUGCAAGGAGUGUCCACCUGACACCUACCUGUCCAUACACCAGGUCUAUGGCAAGGAGGCUUGUAUUCCGUGCGGGCCUGGGAGUAGAAGCACUCGGGACCACUCCGCUUGCUAUAGUGACUGCUUUUUCUACCACGAGAAAGAAAAUCAGAGUUUGCACUAUGACUUCAGCAACCUCAGCAGCGUGGGCUCGUUAAUGAAUGGCCCCAGCUUUACCUCCAAAGGAACAAAAUACUUCCAUUUCUUCAAUAUUAGUUUGUGUGGGCAUGAGGGGGAGAAGAUGGCCCUCUGUACCAACAAUAUAACAGACUUCACAGUAAAGGACAUGGUGGCAGGCUCAGAUGAUUACACGAAUCUGGUAGGAGCAUUUGUAUGCCAAUCAACUAUUAUUCCUUCUGAAAGUAAGGGUUUCCGAGCAGCUUUAUCAUCACAGUCCAUCAUUCUGGCAGACACAUUUUUAGGAGUGACAAUUGAAACCACAUUGCAAAAUAUUAAUAUAAAAGAAGAUAUGUUCCCAGUUCCACUGAGCCAAAUACCAGAUGUGCAUUUCUUUUACAAGUCUUCUGCAACUACAACAUCUUGUGUUAAUGGCCGGUCAACUGCGGUGAAAAUGAGAUGUAACCCUACUAAACCGGGAGCUGGAGUGAUUUCAGUCCCCAGCAAGUGUCCAGCAGGCACCUGUGAUGGAUGUACAUUUUACUUCCUGUGGGAGAGUGCCGAAGCUUGCCCUCUGUGCACAGAGCAUGACUUUCAUGAGAUUGAGGGCGCCUGUAAGAGAGGAUUUCAGGAAACCUUAUAUGUAUGGAAUGAACCAAAAUGGUGCAUUAAAGGAAUUUCUUUGCCUGAGAAAAAAUUGUCAACCUGUGAAACAGUUGAUUUUUGGCUAAAAGUGGGAGCAGGUGUGGGAGCUUUCACAGCUGUUUUGCUGGUGGCUCUAACUUGCUAUUUUUGGAAAAAGAAUCAGAAAUUGGAGUACAAAUAUUCCAAGUUAGUAAUGUCAACUAACUCGAAAGAAUGUGAACUCCCAGCUGCAGACAGUUGUGCUAUCAUGGAAGGAGAAGAUAAUGAAGAGGAAGUUGUAUAUUCUAAUAAGCAGUCACUACUGGGAAAACUCAAAUCCUUGGCCACAAAGGAAAAAGAAGAUCAUUUUGAAUCUGUUCAACUGAAAUCCUCAAGAUCUCCAAAUAUAUGAAAAGACUGUGCUGCAGCUUUCAGAAUGAUGAAUAAAGAAACCUGCUCUCUAGUUUUACAGGACCAUAGUCUAGAGCCCACCCUUGUACCUGGCACUUUGGUGAUGUUACA